AUGCAUCGUUUUACAAUUGUUUUUCUUCUAUGUACAAUUCUAUUUGUAGCCUUUGCAGUAGGUAAAAAUGCAACAUGUAGUUUUCCACGUUGUCGUAUGGCUUGUCCUUAUGGAUAUAAAAGUGGUAAAGAUGGUUGUGCUAUAUGUUCAUGCAAGAAGACUCAAUGUGUAGGUGACCAAAUACCACUUGAAGGAUAUUUUUGUGGACGUGGUGUCAAUCAUCGUGAUUGUCCAAAGACACAUAAAUGUGUUAUCGAACCUCAAGAUCGUUAUGCUGUCUGUUGUCCUCGUCGUCGUCGUCAAUAA